AUGGCGCGCCGCACUGCGCGCGAGCGACUGGGGACGGACGCCCGGCCUGCGCGGACAAGGCCAAAACCGCCGGCUAGAAGGGCGUGUCCCAUAGGUAGCGCAGGCAAAGGCAGAUUUCCAAAGCGAAUCCCGAGAGCCAAACCAAAGCUCAUGUCCGCGCCCCGUCCGCGCCCCGCCGCCACAUGUCGCCCGAUGGUAAAGCUGUCCUUUUCUCUCUCGUUGCAGUUUCUCGGGCCGGUGCCCGGCGCGCCGCUGGGGGCCGAGGCGUUCUUUCCCCCGGUGCCCUUCCAGCGGCCGUACUCGUGCCCGAGCUGCCCCUACCGAGCCAACCAAAAGUCCGACCUGAAGCGGCACCUGCUGGUGCAUACGGGCGAGCGCCCCUUCGCCUGCCCGCACUGCCCCUACCGCGUCAACUACCGCUAUGACCUGGCAAAGCACAUCCGCAGGAGGCACGCGGCCGCCCCGCUCUCGUGA